AUGAGCUCAAUCGGCACUGGGUACGACCUGUCAGUCUCUACAUUCUCUCCUGAUGGGAGAGUUUUUCAAGUUGAGUAUGCUAUGAAGCCUGUGGAAAAUAGUGGUACAGCUAUUGGAAUCAGAUGUAAAGAUGGCGCUGUCUUUGGGGUAGAAAAAUUAGUCCUUUCUAAAUUUUAUGAAGAAGGUGCUAACAAACGACUUUUUAAUGUUGAUCGGCAUGUUGGAAUGGCAGUAAUAGGUUUGUUGGCAGAUGCUUGUUCUUUAGCAGACAUUGCAAGAGAAGAGGCUUCCAACUUUAGAUCUAACUUUGGAUAUAACAUUCCACUAAAGCAUCUUGCAGACAGAGUGGCCAUGUAUGUACAUGCCUAUACACCCAACAGUGCUGUUAGACCUUUUGGCUACAGUUUCAUGUUAGGGUCUUACAGUGUGAAUGAUGGUGUACAACUUCCAAUGAAGGCUGAUAAUUAG